GGUUGGCCCCUCUGCAUCAACGAGAAGGUGGUCCUGCAGCUCGCCCCUCUCCACAAGGUCCGUCUGAAGCAGGGAGACUUCUACCUGCAGGUGGUUCCUCUGGGCCGCAAGGCUGCCAAGCUGGUCAUAAAAUGUCUGUCUGCCAGCGGCCAAGCCAUCGCAGAGAUCCCCAUCCCGGAGAACAUGUACGGCAGCGUCUUCACCGCUGACUUCCUGCAGAAUGUGACUCGCGAGCGCAACCUCCACCCGCUCCAGAACUGGUUGCUCACCACCGGCACCGUCGUGUACCGGACGCCGUGGAAGAACGUGGUGAAUCCUCUGUUCGUCAGCAGCACGGCCGACGCCAUCAUGCAGGCACGGGGCGGUAGCACGGGCUUCCGUGGCCAGCUCAGCGCCUGCAGUACCAGUGGAUCCACAGGGACCCUAGACUCCCACCGCAGCUCCCACGAGUCACUACACUCCCAGGGGGCAGACUCAACCUUCUCAGAGCCUGCUAUCCUGAGCAGGCGGGUCCAUGUUAUGGACCCCAGCAGCACUAGUAGGAGGUCCCAACAGGAUCCCAACCCAGGACUUCACCAGAUGGAGAACCACAACCACAACCAAAACCACAGCCUGAGAGCAGCUCCUGACUCUCACUCCUGCAGCCCACAGACAGACAGGCUGGCUGGGGAGGGUGGUGGUGGUCCGGGGCAGGGCCAGAGGGAGGGGGAGGAGGGCCAGGGUGGGACCAGAGAGAGGACCAGGACCCUGUCGUUCAGCACCGACCUCAGUAACCCCAGCCCUCGCCGCCCCCGCCACGCCAGGGACUCUGUGUCCUUCGAGACCCGGAGACUGUUCCGUAAGUCCUACAUGGAGGCCCUGCAGAACCCCAUGAACCUUGGCUCUAGCUCAGAGUCCAUCCUGGAGGAAGGACCAGAGAACAGCCCUGCAUGCUCAGGUCUCAGCCCUCUCAGCCCCAGAGAGGACACCUCAUCCCCAGCCGCGACCCCUGGUAGCAGCCCCUCCACCCCCACCACCACCCAGAGAGAGCAAGGGCCUCGUGGGGCCAGGCUAGGGGGGGCCAGGUCAUGGCUGGGUGGGGACCCCGACUCCCCCCGACUCUCUCCCAGCACGCCUCUCCUGUACCUCCAGAGGGGUCUGAGGAACGCGGGGGGCCUGGAGAACCGGGCUGAGAGGCGCUCCAAGUCUCUGGAGAGGACUAACAAGGCGGCCCAGGUCAAAGGGCACCGGGCGCGCUCCUCCUCCGGGGGCUCGGCCAGCAGUGGAGUCCCCUCACCAAAGAAGCUGAUGAACGGAUACGCCCUGCGCUUCGGACGGCUGGACCUGGAGGCUGCCUUCUCCAGCUCAGACAGCAGGAGCAGUGUCAGAGACGAGACA